UCCACCUCAGCUUUGGCCUACCCCGUCUUCUCAUUCACACGGGUUGCGCUGUUCUGAAUCUUUUUUAUUAUGUUCGAUUUAGGGGCCCGGGCUACAUGUCCUGCCCACUGCAGGCGUUGGUAAUAUCUUUACCACCAAACGUAUGCUUCUAGAUAUUCUGCAGUUCAAAGUUAUAUCUACGCCUCCAUAUUCCGUUCUCAUAGACCGCUCCGAAUAUCUUGCGUAGCACCUUUCUUUCAAAAAUCGAUAGAGCGGAUUAAUCUGUUUUAGUUAGCGUCCAUGCCUCGGAUGCAUAGGUGAGAACGGGGACUAUCAGUGUUUUAUACAGCCUUAUACGAGUUUUUUUGAGACAUCCAUUUGUUAGCAAGUACUUUGAUAGACCAUGAUAACGCCUAUUUGCCAUUAUUAUUCGCCUUUUUAUUUCCUCAGAUGUGUUGUUAGAUAUAUGAACUCUUUGACUGCUUCGAAGUUUUGGUCAUUGAUGAUUAAAUCUGCGUCAACAUUUCCAGCUCUUAUGUUUGUGUUAGUCGCCAUGAAUUUGGUUUUAUUUUGAUUUAUAUGUAACCCCAUUCGUUCUGCUGCUGCUACUAGCUCGGUUAGGAUUUCCGCAGUUCUUUAUUUUGUAAAUAAUUUCGAUGAUAACGCAAUAUCCAUUUAACUUCUGAGAUAGUUUAAGUCUUACAGAAUCCUAUGAAAUUUACUAAAUGUGUUUAGCGUCAUUUAGCAAGUUAAAUAGUUUAAAUAUUUAGCCUCAGGGAUAAAUAAAUCACACUUGAAAUCUAAGGUUUAUUUUUCUUCAAAGUGUCUGCAAACUCCAAGUAGCUGCCUAACUGGCUUCCUUGCUAACAGUGCGCUAAUUGGACCGACCUUGAAAAUCCUUUGUUUUCUACCCUUUGUAAGAGCUAUAGCAGGCCAAAUAAUUUAUACAAACGCUUUGGAGACUCAUUUUUUAUGUUUAUUUACUGAUUUCAGUGGCGGAUCUAGACAUUUGCCUUGGAAGGGGAAACUUCCAAUGAAACACCAACCAAAAGAACAUAAAAAAAUAAAUCCAAACUAUAUAAAAGUCAUAAAUAAUAGGUUUUCUUUAAAUUUGAACCUUCUUGGGGGAGGGAGGAGAUUUCUUCAUCCCCUCAGUAUAUCCGCUACUGACUGCUUUAAAAGUUAAACUAUUUCAAUUGCAUAAAUGAUGAAAAAACGAGAGCUGAGUACCGGUGUACCCGGGUAUUGGUAACAUUGAAUAUGCACACAAGGGCAUCUCAUGUUGUUGAAUAUUCGUCCCUUAUGGUUAAAUGUAAAUAAAUGACAAAAACUAACUUCAGUAUCUCAGUAAUUCAACGAAUCCCUAUUUACAAAUUCAGAGUUAUCUUCAAUAACCAAUCAAUAUUUACUUUAUGUGAGAUAUACUUACUAGAUAUCAAAAAUUGCAAAUAAUUACUGUUAGAUAGAACUAUCUACAAUGUUGCCAAAUGUAUAACAGCACGGUUUGAGAAGUAGAGGUUACUUUGUAUUUGUCUCUAUGUUAGUGCUGGCCGUGGUAUUAUUGGUCAUAUCCCAUAAAUUAGUCUGUUCCAAUUGACAUCGUAAGCACCUUAAUAUGUUUGAUUAUAAUAAAAUAGAUAUGAUAAAAAAUUGUCAAAAUCACAUACAGAUAACAGCAUUGUUUUGUUGACCACAGGAAUUAAGAUUUAUUGCAAUUCCAUCUCUAGAAUACAUUUAUUAAAAUGCUCUAAAACUAAUUUUUUGGUUAUUUUUAGCCUUAAUAGCAAUACAAAUAAAUAAGUAAGUAAAUAAGUAAUAUGGUUUAUUGUCACUGAAAAUUGUACAAAUUUUAUGGACAAAGUUUAUAACAAUAAGACAAGAAAGAAGAAAAAAAAUCAGAAUAAGAAUCGUUUGUACUGUUAAAUAAAAAAAAACAAUAAAAUUAUUCCAAACUUAAACAUAAAAAUGACUACCUAAUUAAGAACCUACAAACUUCGUCAAAUGUACCUAACAAAAAAUAAUAAUUAGGAAAGCAGAUUAAUGAAUUAAGUGCUCAAAUAUUCCACCUCUUUGUGUUAAACAGUAACCAAAUCUGUCAUACAGGUUUCUCCUCAUAUUUUGGAGUAGGGCUAGUGUAAUGCUUGCAGAGAAAUUAAGUAUUUUUACCCUUAAUUCGACCAGGUUUAUGUCCCUUUUAAACUGAUGCCUAUAAAUGUUUUCUUUGAGAAAACCCCAAAAAAAGAAAUCGUUAAGUCACAGGAUCUAACUGGCCAUUUAAUUGUACCACGGGUACUUAUCAGUCGAUCAGGAAACGUUUGAUUGAGGACGUCAAUAGUUUCUCUAGAGUUGUGAGUCUAACACCCAUCCUGUUGGAAAUAAACCUCCUGAAACUUAACGGGAAGCUCAUUCUGUAAAAGUUUGGGCCCGUUUAGGUUUCAUCGAUAAAAAAUGGACCGACAAUAUGGUCGCCUGACAUCCCAGUCCAAACAUUUAACUUUUGCGGAUGCUGCGUUUGCACUGCAACACUAAAAAUAUUUUUUAAAAAGUGUAUAUUUUCAUUCUGUUUAUCUAACAUAAAUUCACAAAACUCCAUUCCCCUAAAGUUAUCUUCCGGAAACAGUUCUUGUGUUGGUUGUAUCUUAAAACAGUGAUACCCAUUCUUUUUAAGAACUCGCUGGACAGUUCGAGCAGCCACGUUAACUUCCCUAGCAAUUUGUACACUAUUGCAAAGUUCACUAGCUUCCACAAAAGCAAAAAUAUCAAUAUCCCUGUUUUGACGUUCCUCAUCGACAGGUUUAACACGUGGUUCAUUACAUUCAUGACACUUUUUACAACUGUUUACACACCCCGAAGUUUGAAAAUGUUUAAUGGUAUUUUUAACUGUUGUAACACUUGGUGGGGGUUCAUUGUCGAAAACAACAAUAAAUAAAUCAAUUACUUCGCGUAUCGAAUGACCCUGAAAGUACCAUGUUAUAAGUUGCACUUUUUCUUGGACGUUAUACAACGUAAUAGGCAUUUUAUUAAUUAUUUGUUCAUUCUUUCAGAACUUCGUUUGAAAUUUUUAAUGACAAUGUGACAAUUACGACAAUUCGUACCUACUGUGAAAUGAAUAUAGAGUUGGAAACGUGUAACAUGUCACAGCGAUUGCCAUUGUGUUGUUUGGUCAAUAAAAUAAUGUGAUCUGUAUAUUAUUUAUAUUUGAAAAAUGUAUACCUACACCCUUGACCAUUUAUAACAAAAAUCAAAACAAUAACAUUCAGGUACAUUUUAGACGAACACUAUUUUUAAUUAUUUAUAUAUGUUUUACAUUUACAACAGUAGAUACACAGGACCUUAUAAAAAGACUGAUAUCUAAAACCCAAAAAAAUGUGUGAUCAUAAUUGUAAGUGUUCCGCCCAUCCAGUGGCGUCUCAAUCUUUAGACGAAAUGGAUUUUGAAAGAGGUAUUUGGUAUGCAGCUCAGUAUGGUGACCUAGAUAGAGUCAGGAAACUAGCGAACGAGAGAAGAUGUAUAGAUGAGAAAGAUUCAGCGGGUUAUACUGCUCUUCACUAUGCAGCACGAAAUGGGCAUCUGGCAGUUUGUUUGUUUUUGUUGGACAAUGGUGCAGAUGUUAAUGCUGUUACGAAAGGAGGAGCUACAGCAUUAUGUCGAGCCGCAACUGCAGGCAAAGAAGAUGUGGUAAACCUCUUACUGUCCAAAAAAGCAGAUCCCUUCAUUCAAGAUUCUGAUGGUAAGACAGCCUUGCAUCGAGCGAUCGAAAACAAACAUUUUGAUAUUGGCAAAAGACUGUUGAAUGUGGCACCCUCGCUUGGCGAAGUGGCGGACAAUCGGGGGAAUAAGGCAGCUUUCCGGAACUGAUCAAAAAUACGGCCUAGAUAUUUAAUAAAACUAUUUUCAAAUCGUUUUAUUCAUUUAUAAUUAUUGUAUUGGUGCACUAAAUUUAUUAAAAAAUUUAGACAUU